AUGAGUUACGAUGAGAAUCAAGUUGACAGGACUAAAAGCAAAAAAGCAGAACUUGAUCAGAAUCCAGCUCCAGAUUUUUCGCAUCCAAUUGAAAUGAUAGGAAUAGCUGGAAUCUGGAAGCCUGAAGUUUCUACAGAUGGUGAAAUCGAAAUUGAUUUUGAUGUUUUGCCAAAAUUUUUCUAA